AUGAGCCAAGAUCCUAAAAAGACAAGAAAUUUACACAUUGCGCACCGGAAAUCUCCUAGUGAGUUGACCAAUCUUAUGGUGGAGCAAUACAACCUCCAGAAACAACUUGAGGCGGUACAGGCACAGCAAAAGCAGAUUUUACAACAGCAGCAACAACAACAGCCUCAAUUUGCUUACCCCAGUGGUCCUGAUUUGAUGCCUCCUCCUUCAUCGUAUCGUUCACACUCUCGCUCCUCAUCGGCCGCGUCACAAAGUGGCCAGCCUUUCAAUCACAGGAGGACCGGCUCCAACACCUCGCCAGGGCACAAUAGACGGCACUCGUUGGGCAUUAAUGAGGCCAUGAAGGCGGCCGCUACUCAACGUCAGAAUAACAUGACUUCUUUGAGCCCAUCCAGUAGUACCAAGGCUUCGCUGAGUCACGAUGAAUCAUCCUAUGCAAAAGCUGAUGAACCUUCAUCACCUGGCUCUUUCAAAUUUCCGCCUAGUGGGCAUGGCUCGGACAGCGACUCUGCAUCACCACCUCACUCAGGCCACUCUCGUUCUCGGUCUCUUGCGUAUGGCCAACAAUCGUUCAAAUUCCCUCCAGAGGGUAACCCAAGUUUACUUCCUCCUACUCCCAACUUUAGCUUCAGUCAUAGCCCGGAAAGAGGAGGGGGACAUCAGAGAAGGGGAUCGCAUUAUCGUUCAGGAUCUCGCAACUUUGACCCUAAUGGCCAUACAAACAUGAACUCCAAUUGGAGAGUUCAGCAACAAGGUAACCAGCGCCAGCAAAAUUCGCAACAAUUAGAGCCUCCUCUGGCUUCGUUCGUUCCAGGUCACAGACCUCGUCAUAGCUCCUACGGCGGAGGAUCAUCAAUUUCUUCGCUUUCUCAAUUCAUGCCUAACAACCAAGGUAACAACAAUAAUGGAUCGAAUGCAAGCGGACGCAAAUCGUUGUUUGCACCGUAUCUUCCUCAAUCCACUCUUCCAGAACUAAUCGCUGAUGGAAGAUUGGUUACGGGUACAUUGAGAGUCAAUAAGAAAAACCGUUCAGAUGCCUACGUUUCGACAGAUGGCUUGCUUGAUGCUGAUAUUUUCAUUUGUGGAUCGAAAGAUCGUAAUAGAGCCCUUGAGGGUGACCUAGUCGCCGUAGAGCUCUUGGUUGUUGACGAAGUAUGGGAUUCAAAGAAAGAGAAGGAAGAAAAGAAGAGACGCAAAGAUAAUGUUGGUAAGUCUAACAACUUCGUCAUGAAUGAUGAUAUUCACAAUGACGCGACCUCCACCUCGACGUCUGCUGUUGGCGAUGACGACAAAAAGGACAACGACGAUCUGGGCAACGGUUUAAUGAGACGUGGCUCACUCAAGCAAAGACCAACAAUGAAGAAGAAUGAUGAUGUUGAAGUCGAGGGUCAAUCUUUGCUUCUCGUAGAAGAAGAGGAGAUCAACGAUGAAGUCAAGCCAUUGUACGCGGGCCACAUCGUCGCUGUAGUGGACCGUAUUCCAGGUCAAUUGUUCUCUGGUACUCUAGGCUUAUUGCGGCCCGCACAAGCAGCACAGGCAGCAAGAGACAAGAGAGAUGGUAAGGAGCUGUCUGUUCAAACCCCCAGAGUGCCUAAGAUUGUUUGGUUCAAGCCAACGGAUAAAAAAGUACCCUUGAUUGCCAUUCCUACUGAACAAGCACCAAAGGACUUUGUUGAAAAUCACGAGAAGUACGCUAACGAAUUGUUCGUUUCCUCCAUCAAGAGGUGGCCAAUCACUUCUUUGCAUCCCUUUGGAACCUUGAUCAGCAAGUUGGGACCUAUCAAUGACCCCGCAACGGAAAUUGACUCUAUUUUGAGGGAGAGCAACUUUUUAUGUGAGGAGUAUCCUCCAGCUUCUGAACAGGAUGAUCCAUCUAGAGGAUUGUUAUCGGACAUUCCUGACGCAGAACCCGAAUUGACAAAUUUGAACAGAACCGAAUACUUGAAUGAUUAUAUCAUUUCAUUUACGCAAAACAAUCAGUUUGUUGAUCACGCAUUACAUGUCAAAAGAAUUUCCAAUACGAAAAUUGAGUUGGGUUACCACGUUGCCGACAUUUCUUAUUUCGUUCGUCCUGGAUCUAUUAUCGAUCGCAAAGCAAAGAAGAGAUCCUCGUCAGUGUUCCUUCCACAAAAGGUUGCACAUUUGUAUCCCGACAGACUCAACGAAAUGGUCUCGUUCAAGGAAAAUGAGCGAAACUUGGCGAUGACUGUCAUCUUUGAAAUUGAUACCUCAUCGUUCGAGGUUGAGGAUCUUUACAUCCACGAAUCAGUGAUUGUUCCAAAACAGCUUGUAUCUUACGACUCUUUUGAUGCAAUUCUUUCUGGUAAGCAAGUGGAGGGAAUCUCUUCGGCAAGUUCAGAUUACAUAAAGACUUUCAGCUUGAUUUCGAAAGAGUUCCGGAGACAGCGUUUGGAGAACAAAGAUUUGGGCAUCACUCCAAACACCACCUUGCUUGAUCUGCUUGAUGAUGAGCGUGUAAGACUCCAUUUGAAUAUCUUCCAUGACAGUGUUGCAAGUGACAUUAUCAACGAGAUAUCUCAUAAAGUGAAUGGCGCAGUUGCUUCCAAGAUCCAUGCUGGUUUAGGCGAUGCAGCAUUUUUACGUCGGCACCCACUUCCUACUAUUCUGAAACUCGAGACUUUUGUAAGAAAAGCGGCGAACUUGGGCUUCACUAUAGAUACCGCAACAUCUGCGACAUUGCAAAACUCUAUUCUCAAAAUUCAGGACACCGUGAAACGUCAAUGUGUUGAGACCUUGCUAUACAAAUGCAUGUCUAGAGGCAAGUAUUUUGUGGCUGGCAAGCAAGAUCCUGAUAAUUACGGUCACUUUUACUUUAAUUUGCCGUUGUACACUCAUUUCAACGCCCCAAUUCGUCGUUACGCUGACUUAAUCGUACACAGGCAGUUGAAGGCUGUAAUUAAUGGGGUGGAAGAUGCGGCAUCGGUUGACUUGGACAGCAUGAAGGCAACCGCUGAUUAUUGCAAUUUCAAAAAGGAUUGUGCGUCAAAUGCACAAGAGCAAGCUGUACACUUGUUGUUAUCUCAAACGAUUAACGAGAUCAGCGAGAGCGCUGGCCAACUUCUUUGCAUGGGUACAGUGAUCCAAGUUUAUGAGUCGUCGUUUGACGUUUUCCUUCCCGAGUUUGGGGUUGAAAAACGGGUUCAUGGAGAUCAAUUACCUCUCGUGAAAGCUGAAUUCGACAAAAAUGAAAGAGUCUUGGAGUUGUUUUGGGAGAAGGGUAUUGAUACUGCGACGUACAUCCCUGCGGAUGAGCAGCUGUCAUUAUCAUACAGAAACUCGAUAAAGAACAAGUACCGUACUUCAGCAGUUGAAGUCGCCAAAAUUCAAAACAAGUCUCUUUUAGAGAAAAAGAGUAUGAGUAACGAUACCAUCGUUGAGAAGUUGGCCAAGUUGAAUUUGGAGCCACCGAACCUUCAUUUACCCACGAUCGUUCCUCUGCGAAACAUUGACCAAGAGCACUCGCUUAAUGCAAGGUCAAUGCCUAACUCACCUACUCAGGCGGCUUUCCCCAAGAAUGUAAGAACAGCUUCUAGCACACUUAUUGGGACCGAUGCGUCGAGCGAUUUGCCCGCGCCCCUGGAAGCACCUAGUGGAUUGAAGCCUUACUUGCAAAUGAUAAGCACGAGAAUUGAAAAGGACUCUUACAUCCAGGAAAUACGGGAAUUGUCACAAGUGCCUGUGCUCAUUCGUGCCGAGAUUGGAAUGGCGUUGCCAUGUUUGACGGUACGUGUGUUGAACCCAUUUUCUGAACAAUGA